CAAACUAAAAUGUGGACCAGCUGGAUCACAGAGUUUUCUUUCCUCUCCAUUUUCGGACUUGAACCAAACAGUGAAAAAUAUAAUAGCUUUCUCUCGUUUUCCUCUUCUCUCACUUUCUUUUCCACUCGACCAAAACCCCAACACCGAAAUACACACCCACUGUAGAGGAGUGACGCCGUGGUAUCAGGGAUCAAAAGAAUGGUCAAUUGUUGACAAUUUCAACUUCAGUUUCAACUUCACAUACUCACAUUAUAGUAAUGGAGGAAUAUCAUUCAUCUCCGUUCAAUCUAGGGUUUUUAGACACUCUAAACCAAGACGCACUUCACGAAAUCUUCGACAGCUACAACGCCUUCUGCAACGCCACACAAUCACUUAUGGGCGGUGCCGGAGACCUAUCAUUCGGUUCUGAAUUUGUUUCUCAAGUUCACACUCUCUGCAAACACGGCCUCGAAUCACUCGUUCGUGACCACUUUCUCCGAGUCUUAGAGGAAACUUUUGAACGGAAUGGGGCAUCGAGGUUUUGGCGGCAUUUUGUUCCUUACGCCGAUUUUGUUGGUUUAAACAAGAAUGAUGAUUUCAAUAUUGACGAGGAUGAGAUUGAGAAUGUGUUGUAUAAUGCUUUGGAAGAAAUCUCUUUGGAGAAACAGUUUCAAGAAAAGUGCUUGUUAAUUUUGGUCCAUGCUUUACAAUCUUUUAAGGAUAAAAUGUCGGAGGAAAGUCAUAAUUUUGAAGCUGAAAGAAAUUACCUUACCUCUAAGUAUCAAUGGAUUGUCUCUUCUGUUCUUAUGGCUACACUUCCUCGGGUUUUUCCUGUUAUACUGCAUUGGUAUUUUAAAAGAAGGUUGGAGGAGUUAAGUACAAUCAUGGAUGGAGAGUUCACUGAUGAUGUAUCUGAAAAUAAGGAUGGCAUGGAUUUGGAUGAAAAAGGAAAAACAUGCAACAAAGAUGGUGAGAUGGAUGUUGAUGAGUGCAAUAGCGACCGUCGGUUCUCAGAAAACAGUAGAUUGGUGAAGAACAUUGGAAAAGUUGUUCUUGAUCUCAGAAGUCUUGGAUUUACCUCUAUGGCUGAAGAUGCUUAUGCUUCUGCUAUAUUUUUACUACUAAAGGCAAAAGUAUAUGAUGUAGCCGGAGAUGAUUUUAGGAGUUCUGUCCUACAAUCUAUUCAAAGCUGGAUACAGGCUGUUCCUCUCCAGUUUCUGCAUGCCCUUCUUGUUUAUCUUGGUGACUCUGUUAGUUAUGAAAGUACUUCAUCAGGUCUCAAAUCACCUUUAGCACCACAACCAUCGUCGUGUUGUCCUGGAAUUGAUACUCCUUCUGAAGGUCUUGUCAGAUGGAAGUUGCGGCUGGAAUAUUUUGCUUAUGAAACACUACAAGAUUUAAGGAUAGCUAAAUUAUUUGAGAUAAUUGUCGAUUAUCCUGAGAGCUCUCCUGCAAUUGAAGACUUAAAACUUUGUCUUGAAUACACUGGACAACAUUCAAAGCUGGUGGAGUCAUUUAUUUCUGCACUGCGUUAUCGCCUUCUUACUGCAGGCGCAUCAACCAAUGAUAUAUUACACCAAUAUGUUUCGACUAUUAAAGCCCUAAGGACAAUAGAUCCUGCAGGUGUUUUCCUCGAGGCAGUUGGUGAACCAAUAAGAGAUUAUCUACGAGGAAGGAGAGAUACAAUAAAAUGCAUAGUGACCAUGCUGACAGAUGGGACAGGUGGAAAUUCGAGUGCAUCUGGAAAUCCUGGAGAUAGCCUUCUUGAAGAGUUGAAUAGAGAUGAAGAAAUUCAAGAGAAUUUUGGUAUUGACGAUGAUUUUAACACUGAUGAUAGGCAAGCAUGGAUCAAUGCUGCACGAUGGCAACCUGACCCUGUGGAAGCAGAUCCAUUGAAGGGAAGCAGAAACCAAAGGAAGGUUGACAUACUUGGGAUGAUUGUUGGCAUAAUUGGUUCAAAAGAUCAAUUAGUUCAUGAAUAUCGAACUAUGCUUGCUGAGAAACUUCUAAAUAAAUCUGAUUAUGAUAUUGACUCAGAGAUACGAACUCUCGAACUCCUUAAGAUACACUUCGGAGAGAGCAGCCUACAAAAAUGUGAGAUUAUGCUCAAUGAUCUAAUUGGCUCAAAGAGAGUCAACACUAACAUUAAAGCUACCAUAAGCCAGCCAUCUCAGACAAGUGUUGAAGCCGAAGACAAUGCAAUAUCCAUGGAUAAAAUAGCUGCCACUAUCAUAUCUUCUAAUUUCUGGCCUCCAAUUCAGGUCUGCAGAUAAAAUUAUUUUAUUGAUAAUUUUUUAAUUUC